AUGGCGGCCUUCCCAGGAGCGUCAGCACCGGUAGCGGUGGGGGAGAACAUGACGGAUAUCGUGCGAGCUGAUGGGCAUAUGUGGCUCAAGUACGGGCAGAAGAACAUUCACAACACCUCCAUCAUAAGGUGCUACUUCAAGUGCUACUCCUCCAAGAACAAGCCAGCCUGCCGAGCGAAGAAGACUGUCGACUACGAUCGUCGCCUCCCCAUCUCGUCCGCCACCACCCAAACCAAGUACACCAACCGCUCUCACAACCACUCCAUUCCUCUCAACUGCGACGGCUCCAGCGAUGCUCUCGGCCAGGGCCCGUAUCCAUCCAACGCUGCACAUUCGAGCUCCGCCGUCGCCCUGGAGUGCGCCCCCAGCUCUGCGAAUUCGAGCUCCUGUAACCUUACUGCCGUGGUUACCACCAACAGCUCGCUCACUUCCCCUCCAAGCAGAGCCGGAAUCCGUCCUGAGCCGUCUGCACUUGCAAGCAGCAGCGCUCUCACCAGGGCGAAGUUCCCCAUCAGACCCACCAUCUCCGGAGGCGUUAUUUCUUCCUCAGUUGAAGCCGAUCCCGCUUGGUCUGACUCGCCGUCGGAUGAUGCUGCUGCCGCGACGAUUGCGGCAAACCUCUUGCCGCAAAGCGUCGCCUUCACUAGCAGCAGCGAGUCAGCUGCUGUGACGCCGCCGUCACCCGCGAUGCCGCCGUCUCUUCCGUUCAACUCCUGCGGAUCGGCGUCUGAAUCCGGAAGUCUGAGCCACUUCUUUGCUGAAAAUGAAUCUCUGGGUGGACACUCGCUGUGUGCGGAGAAGAGGGUCCGUCUGACGCCCUCUGACGAGGCAGCGUCUACUGAGAACGCGAGCAACUCAGCCGGUGAACACUGGCCCACCAGCAGUAGAAUUUUCGAGGCACUGUCUGCUGAUCUGGAUCAGAGGUUCCACCCUGAGGCGUGCAGCCCUCCCACAGCUGAUGCUGCUGCACGUGACAAUUCAUUUGGACUUCCCGUCACGGGCUUUUCAUUCGAGGAUGGCCUUGCGGCGGCGAGUCCAGAAGAAGCAAGACCAAGAGGACUGGCGCAUGCCGACAUUUCUUUCGAGGAUUUCCUCUCUGAUUUGUCUCCAGAGUUGUGUUCUGAUGAUUUCUGGUGUGAGGAGCCGCCUUGGCUGGAAGCAGCGGAUGUGAGUCCUCCAUGGGGAUCAUCUGGCUGGUCAGCUGGCAGUUCCUUUGUUGAUAGCCAAGAGCCCUACUCGAUUGGCUUGAAACGCAGUGCUUCAGCCAUGCUGACUGGUGCCACCGAGGCAGGAAUCCUUGAUGAAAGCAACCCCGGGCAUGCUUGUGCGCCCUGGCCCAUGCCAAAAUCAAGUAGUGCGCACAGUGUGUUCAGCUUUCUGGGUGGGGGUGAUACCUUGAGCGUUUCUGACUUGAUGAAGCACCUGUAG